AUGUCUUUUUUCCCAACAGUGGAUCCCGAUCUUGCUCAUUUAUUACAGGAAGAGUUGAAUUUUGCAAAAGCAGAGAAAGAAGAGACACCCGCAUUUAUACAAGAAUUUUUAGACACGCAUCUAUUUCAGAUUGAAGAUACAGAAGGUGACGAUAAAGUUACUUUACGACGUCAAUUUGGAAAUGAAAAAAUAAGCGUCCUAUUUUCAAUUUCUGAUAUCAAUCAUCCAGUGGAAGAGGAAGAAGAGGUUGAAGCAGACAUGGAUAUACCAGAGCAUAGUCAUCCUCCACGUUCUCAAGAGAAUGCCUCCUUUCCUGUGCGAGCCACGGUGAUGAUCGAGAAGGAACAUAAAGGCAGUCUCGUUUUGACGACAGUAGCGCAAGAUGGAUACAUUGAGAUAGACUCAGUACGUUACUUUAAGGAAGGUGAUUUGAAGAAAGAGGAUCUGAUAAAGGCAGAGAUGGAUGCGCCCUGGAAACAGGAUCGCUAUGCAGGACCCGUGUUUGAAGAGCUGGAAGAUGAACUUCAAGCUACGUUCAGCCGAUAUUUAGAAGAGCGUGGUAUUGAUACAGCGCUGGCGACGUUCUUGCCUGACUAUAUUGACUAUAAAGAACAAAAAGAAUAUGUUUCUUGGUUAAAUAACGUAAAUGACUUUGUGUCUUCUUAG